AUGCCCCAGCGACCGCGGAAAGGGGAAAAUGCUGAGAGAUUCUUGACUCCUUGUAGGGCUCGAAGCGCGACCCGGAAGGAGAGGGAAGGAGGGAAAGACGGGUCGCCACUUCAGGUUGAAAACUCCGGCGGGCGCCCUGCUCCCUCUAUAGGCUUCCCCGGCUGCCGCUUCCCUGACCCGGCCAUCCCGGGAAGCAGAGCCGCACGCAGGCUGCGGAGGCUGGCAAAGACUCUCAAAAAAGACAAUCACUACAAAAAUCAGGAUGAACAAAUUUCCCACGUGAUGCCAUCCUUUCUGGCCGGAUGGCUGGUCGUUAUUGGUGAUAUAACUGGAGUUAUGAAAGGCUUGCUAGAUGGCAUGUUUAUGCGGAUGGAUGCUGAGCUGCAGCUGUGCCGGUGCCAUCCCUCUGGGGUUGAAGGGAGAAAACUGCUGAAAAGAACUCCAGGUAGAGGUGGGUCUCAGAGCUCAGAUUCGGAUUCAUCUGCCACACCAGGAAAUGCCGUGGAUGUGAACAACGAAGGCUCCUCCGAGGGCUUUAUUUGUCCUCUGUGCAUGAAGUCUCAUGGAUCAGCUGAGGAGCUGUUCAAGCACUAUGAAGCAGUUCAUAAUUCUGGCAUUGAUUCAACUCAUGGAGGAGAAGGUCAUCUGUCACCGGAAAGAGAUGAAGUAUCACUGCUCCGACAAGAAGUCCAAGACUUGCAAGCUUCGCUGAAGGAGGAGAGGUGGUACUCAGAAGAGCUGAAGAAAGAACUAGAGAAAUUGCAGGGGCAGCGGCAGCAAGAUUCAAAGUCUGAUGGAUUUACAACAGCUACAUCUACAGAAUCAUUAGAACGGCAACUAGAAGAGAUCCAAGUAGAAAAUUUUAACAUUAAACAGAUGAAAGACUUAUUUGAACAAAAAGCGGCACAACUGGCCACUGAAAUUGUGGAUCUUAAAUCAAAAUAUGAUGAAGAAAUCAGCCGUCGGGAAGGUGCAGACCAGAAAGUGACAAACCUGACACAAGAACUGCAGAAGGAGAGAAGUGCAGUGGAAGACUUAAAGACAGAGCUGCUGCAGAGGCCUGGUGUGGAAGAUGUGGCUGUCCUGAAAAAGGAGCUGGUCCAAGUUCAGACACUGAUGGACAAAAUGACACUGGAACGUGAAAGGGAGUCUGAAAAGCUGAAAGACGAGUGCAAGCACUUGCAGGCAGAGCAGGCUAGCUCAGAGGCUACCAUUAACCAGUUAAGAGCUGAACUUGCCAAAGGACCUCAGGAGGUAGCUGUGUAUGUUCAGGAGCUGCAAAAACUUCAAAGUUCAGUCAAAGAGCUAGAACAGAAAAACCAGAGUCUGACUGAGAAGCUGCUGAAGAAAGAACAGGACUACGCCCAGCUAGAAGAAAGACACAAUGAAGUGUCUGUGAGUAAGAAGAACGUGCAGGCAAGCUUUCACCAGAAGGACCUGGACUGCCAACAGCUUCAGGCAAAGCUGUCUGCAUCUGAAGCCUCCAUACAGAGAUUACAGACAGAGCUAAGUGAGAAGGGGGAAGCAAGCCAGAAACUUAAAGAAGAGUUGUCCGAAGUAGAGACAAAGUACCAGCAUCUCAAGGCGGAGUGUAAACAGCUCCAGCAGCAGAGGGAGGAAAAAGAGCAGCAUAGCCUGCAACUCCAAAGCGAGCUCAGUCAGUUGCACAGUAAACUUCUAGAAACCGAGCGCCAGCUGGGGGAAGCGCAUGGACGGCUGAAGGAGCAACGGCAGCUCUCUGGUGAGAAACUGAUGGACAAAGAGCAGCAGGUGGCGGAUCUGCAGUUAAAACUUUCUCGUGCUGAGGAGCAGCUAAAGGAAAAAGCAGCAAACUUCACAGAACUGCAACAUCAAUUAGAUAAGGCAAAACAGCAGCACCAGGAACAGCAGACACUUCAGCAAAGUACUACAGCAAAACUACGAGAAGCCCAGAAUGAUUUGGAGCAAGUACUACGACAGAUUGGAGAUAAGGACCAAAAAAUUCAAAAUCUUGAGGCUUUGCUUCAAAAAAGCAAGGAAAACAUCUCUUUGCUAGAAAAGGAAAGAGAGGAUUUAUAUGCAAAAAUUCAAGCUGGUGAAGGAGAAACAGCAGUUCUUAACCAGCUACAGGAGAAAAACCAUGCAUUGCAAAUACAGGUAAAGCAGCUGACAGAAAAGCUGAAGAAUCAAUCAGAAAGUCAUAAACAAGCCCAAGAGAAUUUGCAUGAGCAAGUGCAGGAGCAAAAGGCACAUCUAAGAGCUGCUCAAGACCGUGUGCUUUCCCUGGAAGCAAACAUCACUGAACUAACCAGCCAGCUAAAUGAAAGUAAAGAGAAAGUAUCACAGCUUGAUGUGCAGGUAAAAGCAAAGACUGAAUUGCUGCUAUCAGCAGAAGCAUCAAAAGCUGCUCAAAGAGCAGAUCUCCAGAAUCAUCUGGACACUGCCCAGCAUGCACUGCAAGAUAAGCAACAGGAGUUAAAUAAGGUCAGCGUUCAGCUGGGUCAGGUUACAGCUAAGCUGAAUGACAAGCAGGAGUACUGUGCUCAGCUGGAAGCCAAUCUUAAAGAGUACAAAGAGCAAUGUCUUUAUUUAGAACAGAAGACUGAAGAGCUGGAGGGACAGCUUAAGAAACUUGAAGCUGACAUUCUUGAUGCUAAAGCAAGCAAAGAUCAAACUCUUCAGGAGUUACAGCAGCAGCAACAGCAGUCUACAGAAUUAGACCUCCGAAUAGCAGAACUAAGUAAACAACUUGAAGCUGCAAGAGAAGCAAUGUCUAAUGCUAAAUUGGAUUUGCAGAAGAAAUCUGAGGCCCUUGAACAAGCAAAACAGCAAAUUUCAAAGCAGGAGGAGGAAAAGGCCAACCUCAAACAAAACCUCGAGAAAUCAAAUCAAGAUACAAGUAAACAACUCAAGGCAUUAGGUUGUAAAAUGCAAGCAGCAACAUCAGAGCUGCAACAAGUGAGAUUAGAGAAGGAUACCCUAUUAAAGGACCUUACAGCUACCAAAGACAAGCUCUCAAAAAGUUCUGAAUCCUUUAAGAAAAGAAAGGAGGAAUUAGAAAAAGAAAUACAAAAAGGAAAAGCAGCUGUGGCAGAAAUGGAAAAAUCUUGCCAAGAAGUAAAACAACAGCUCCAGGUACAAACAGAGUCUGUAGCUAAAGAGAGGAAUGAAUUGAAAAACUCACUGGAAAAAAAAGAGGGGAUUACUAAGCAAUUGUCAAUAGAACUUGAUUCAGCACGAGCGCAAGUACUGGAAAUUCAGAGUCUUCUGAAAGAGAAAGAAAAAAGUGAGCAACAUCUCCAGGGAAAGCUGAGAGAGUUAAAGGAAUCUUUUGAGCAGAAGAAAAAACAUAGUGAGACACUGCAAGCCGAAUUAAAAACUGCCCUUUUAGAAAAGGCAGAACUGGAGAAUAAACUGCAACAGCAGUCUAUUUUGUCAGCACAGGAGCUUAAAGCGGAGAAAGUCAAGCUAGCAGACUUACAGAAGACCCAUGAAAAACAUAAGGAAAACAUGGAGAAACUGCAGUUAGACCUUUAUGGGAAAGAGCCUGAGCUGCUGGCAACCAGGCAAGACCUUAAGUCCACAGAAGAAAAACUUGCUCUAACUCAAGAAGAAUUAGUUUCCAGCAGAAAUCGAAUUGCUAGCAAUAAUCAGCAGAUUCAAGACCUGAAGAAAGCAAAGUCUACACUGGAGCAGGAUGCAUCAAAGAAGGAGCAGCAGCUGGGCGAGAAGACCAAAAUGUUACAGGAUCUUCAGAAUGACAGGAUUUUGAAAGAAAAAGACUUGGCUAAUGAAAAAUGUAAAACAACAGAGCUCCAGGAAAUAAGGAGUAGACUUGAAAAAGAAAGUGUCAAGCUGGCUGAAGAGCUUAGAGCCUGCAAGCAAGAAUUUGAGAAGGAGGUGGCAAAUCUCAAGGAUGCAAAACAGCUGUUGAUUCAACAGAAAUUAGAGCUGCAGGGCAAAAUAGAUAAUAUGAAUUCAGCUCUGGAACAGGAGAAAAAAACCCAACAAGCUGUCAAAGAUCAGCUGAAAAAGAGAGAAGAAGAGCUGAAGAAAGAAUGUGCUGAAAUUGAAGCUAAACUGCACACAGAGAAAAAAGAGAAAGAAGAAGAAAACCGGAAACAUGAGGAAAAGGAGACCAAGCUCACCAUGCAGGUCACAGCUCUGAAUGAAAACCUGGCUACCAUGAAGAAGGAGUGGCAAAGCAGUCAGAGGCGAGUGAGCGAGCUGGAGAAACAGACGGAUGAUUUACGUGGGGACAUUGCUGUCUUGGAAGCAACAGUGCAGAAUAAUCAGGAUGAGAGGAGAGCGUUGCUGGAGAGGUGUAUAAAAAGUGAGGGAGAAAUUGAAAAGCUUCAAGCCAAACUUGUGGAAAUGAAGAAAAAGCUGGACAACACUACUGCUGCAAUGCAGGAACUUGGCCGAGAAAACCAGUCAUUACAGAUCAAACACACCCAAGCUCUCAACAGGAAGUGGGCAGAAGACAAUGAGGUACAGAAUUGCAUGGCCUGUGGAAAAGGCUUUUCGGUGACAGUGAGAAGGCAUCACUGUAGACAGUGUGGAAAUAUCUUUUGUGCCGAGUGCUCAGCAAAGAAUGCCUUAACUCCUUCUUCUAAGAAGCCUGUCCGAGUCUGUAAUACUUGCUUUAAUGACUUGCAAGGAUAACUGGCUAUCGUGAGUGACAAAGAAAUGUUACACUAAAAAUUAUAAUUUCUGUUGAUGCACUUCAUUCAGCACUCAGACUACUAUUCAGUUUGGACAAUGAUUGUAACACUUGGCAAAUUUUAGUAUAUUUUAAAAUGUUUAUUGAUACCAAGUAAAACUGUUGUAUUUUUUGUGAGACAUGGGCUCAGAUCAUCCAUAGCUUAUUGCCAUUUAUCCUGGAAAGAGCUUCUAUGUCAAGAUUAGAAGUACCCAGUUAUUUGUAAAUAAAGUUUAAACAGAGGAGUAA